GCAGAUAUAGUGAAUGCAGGGUCCGGGGGAGAGCGGAUAUAGUGAAUGCGGGGUCCGGGGAGAGCGGAUAUAGUGAAUGCGGGGUCCGGGGAGAGCGGAUAUAGUGAAUGCAGGGUCCGGGGAGAGCGGAUACAGUGAAUGCAGGGUCCGGGGAGAGCGGAUAUAGUGAAUGCAGGGGUCCGGGGGGACCGGAUAUAGUGAAUGCGGGGUCCGGGGAGAGCGGAUAUGGUGAAUGCAGGGUCCGGGGAGAGCAGAUAUAGUGAAUGCGGGGUCCGGGGAGAGCGGAUAUAGUGAAUGCGGGGUCCGGGGAGAGCGGAUAUAGUGAAUGCGGGGUCCGGGGAGA